UUGCAUGAAGAAGGUGACUCGGGUUGAAAUCUGAGAGGUCAUCUUAUAGAAACAUUGCAUCCAUCUUCGCGAGAACCCUCAAAAGAUGACAUGCACGUAUGUGGGUCGGCCCCCUCCAUGUCUAUUCCAUAUCUGGGAGUGGGAAAUCAACUUGGCCUCCUUGUCAGUAUAAAUAUCCUCUUGAGACCUUCCUAUGAGUGAACGAUUCAGAUUUCCCAGACUCUUUUUGCAUAACACACCAGCUCAACACGACUUCGUUACAGUACCAUCCACGGCAUGACUGUCAUGGCUACCCACCGACACUACCCCUCUCCAUCAAGUUCCUCUGUGGACAGAAUGGGUCUGAGUUUCAUUGCCCCUGGCGCCCCGGCUGCGCCUUACCAACAGUCGUUUGCAAGCCCUACAAGGGGAAACACUCAACCACCAUCAUGGAGUUCGGUCAAUGCGUCGAGCUUAUCCAUCAGAAUGAAUUACAACAGUAGCCCAGGUCGAGUCGACAGCCAUCGAGGAACACGACGAUUGAGACACUGGCGGCCGCAACCAAGUGGUUGUCUACGCGGCACCGAAGCAAGCGUACAGUCCGGACGAGAAGCUCGUUGUGAUGUAUCUGUACAUCAUGCUGGAGAGGCCAUGGAAGGAAGCUGUAAAGCUUUACAACCGUUGGAAGAAGGUCCAGAGCCGUGGUUCUACCGCAAAAACAUGCCUAAGGACCGAGGAAGUCUCUAGAGCG